UGUUCGGAAGGGACACAUCAUCGCCUGAGCUGUUAAUACAAUCUCGUACGCAUCACGCAUAUCGUGCUGUUCGUCAAGAAAAAGGGUAUUGUUAUUCAGUGUCAGUCUAUUCAGGCACAUUUUCCAGGCGCCCUUUCUGCGCGCGGUGCAUUGCGGGAGCGUCGCGUCUCUUGUAUCGAGCGAAACCGGUAAGCGCAAACUGAACAGCACAAUUAAAGGGGAAAUGGGACACGAAUAUAACUGUGCCACAAUGCAUUACUUAUUGUCAUUACCAUAGUGUGAAGGAGGUGUGUUGGCCGUUACGUGUGUCAGUGACACUUUUUAAACAUGUCGGUGCGGGAAUCUUUUAACCCGGAGAGUUAUGAACUCGACAAGAACUUCAGACUAACACGCUUCACAGAGCUCAAGGGAAUGGGCUGCAAAGUCCCUCAAGAUGUGCUCCAGAAACUUCUAGAAUCCCUGCAGGAAAACCAUUAUCAGGAAGAUGAGCAAUUCCUCGGGGCUGUAAUGCCCAGACUAGGCAUUGGUAUGGACACCUGUGUGAUUCCGUUGAGACACGGAGGCUUGUCACUUGUGCAGACCACAGACUAUAUCUACCCCAUAGUGGACGACCCAUAUAUGAUGGGGAGAAUUGCGUGUGCCAAUGUGCUGAGUGAUCUGUAUGCCAUGGGAGUAACAGAGUGCGAUAACAUGCUGAUGCUUCUUGGCGUCAGCAACAAACUCACAGAGAAGGAGCGUGAUAAGGUCAUGCCUCUGGUCAUCCAGGGGUUUAAGGAUGCAUCUGAGGAGGCGGGAACCUCUGUUACAGGAGGCCAGACUGUUAUCAAUCCUUGGAUAGUCCUGGGAGGCGUGGCCACAACAGUGUGCCAACCUAAUGAGUUCAUUAUGCCAGAUAAUGCAGUACCAGGGGACGUGCUGGUUCUUACCAAACCUCUAGGAACACAAGUGGCGGUCGCAGUGCACCAGUGGCUGGACAUCCCAGAGAAAUGGAAUAAGAUAAAGUUGGUCGUCACUCAGGAGGAUGUUGAACUGGCUUAUCAGGAGGCCAUGCUGAACAUGGCUCGACUCAACAGAACAGCGGCCGGGCUGAUGCACACCUUCAAUGCACACGCAGCAACUGACAUCACAGGGUUUGGGAUCCUGGGUCACGCUCAGAAUCUGGCCCGGCAGCAGCGUACAGAGGUGUCCUUCGUUAUUCACAACUUGCCGGUUCUCGCCAAGAUGGCAGCCGUCAGCAAAGCUUGCGGGAACAUGUUUGGCCUCAUGCACGGCACCUGCCCAGAGACCUCAGGGGGUUUGCUGAUCUGUCUUCCACGUGAGCAAGCGGCCCGUUUUUGCGCCGAGAUCAAAUCUCCCAAGUACGGCGAGGGUCACCAGGCGUGGAUCAUCGGCAUCGUAGAGAAAGGCAACCGUACGGCACGCAUCAUCGACAAACCCCGCAUCAUCGAAGUCGCACCGCAAGUGGCCACACAGAAUGUCAACACCACCCCGGGAGCCACGUCUUAAACCUGACCCCGUGACCCCUGAGUGGCCCGAACGGCUCGCGCACUCUAGCCUCACCUGAAAUAUAUCAGCAUAAUGAUAUAUAAAACGUCUGCCCACCUUGGCCUACGGGCAGAUUCCUCUACAUGGACACGGUUAUAAAGCAGAAGAACAUUUAACAAAUAAAAUUUGAUUGCCUUUUUA